AUGGUAGUGCACUUGAGGCUGCGGACUCUGGAACUCUUGCAGUUCACGGCGAUCGAUUCAAAGACAAAAUUCUGGUUGGAGUUCGAGCCUUGUAAGGAGCUACAAGGUGGUGAUUGGUACGUUGAUGGAGCUCUUGACGUUUCCAAAACCGAAGAUCUCAAGAAGGUUUUUGUCAAGAUACUUGAGAAGCUCAAGGACAAGGUUGUUACUCUUGAUGUUAUAUGUCCGUGUUUUGAAAGGAGCAAUGGGGUUAGUGAGCAUUCGGCUUUGAGAACCGGUGAAGUUUGCUAUAAACUGAUCGGUAAAAAAUCUGGUGGAGGUGAAGUAAGAGGUGGAGUUUUUGCUUCUAUAUACCUUGUGGGGCUUGUCCACAUAUAG